ACCGAUUAACAAUUCAGAUUUUCAUAGCAAGAACCUAAAUCUUCUUCUUAUUUUUUCGUAUUUUUUGCAAAUUUUGAGUUAUGAAGAAAUUGCUAGUAAGAGUUUUACUUCACCGGAGAAGAAAAGGAAGAUUUUUCAGCAGAGCAAUUUCAAACCUCUGUAAAUUGGGACAUUUGCUGAAACAGAGUACAAAAGGACUCUGUUUUGGGAGACCCAAUUUGGGUUACAUCCGGGUCGGGCAAGAACCGAUUGUUCCAAAGCAGGUGAGUGUACCGAAGGGGCAUAUAGCUGUGUACGUGGGUGAGAAGAAAGAUGACACGUGUAGAAUAAUGGUGCCUGUGAUUUACUUUAAUCAUCCUCUGUUUGCUGAAUUGUUGAAGGAUGCAGAGAUGGUUUAUGGGUAUAAUCAUUCGGGUGGGAUCCAAAUACCGUGUCGGGUAUCCGAAUUUGAGAACGUUAAAUCAAGAAUCGCCGCCACGGGCGGUGGUGGAAACAGCCGUGGAGAGCUGAGGUGGAGGCACUAGU